AUGUCUGAUAUCUCCGAAAAGGAAGGGUUUGAUUACUUUGUUCAAACUUUGGUAAACGAUUGGGAUCCAUUAGGUUAUCAUGUUUUUUGGGAAAACACUUUAUCAUUGGAGCCAGAUAAAGCAACGGUAACAAGAGCUUUCAAUGAACAAAUCGAAUGGUUAAUAGCAAACGGCGCCAAGGACAAACAGGAAAAAGCAAAAUACCUAAAGAAACAAUUUCAACUUGAUUCACAGAAAGGUGGUCCGGUAUAUCUUUUUUGGGCAGAAAAAAUGCACGUUACAAAACUCGGAGGAAUUGAAAAAAAAAGCAUCUCUGAAGAUUCGAAGCUUUCAAGGAGCGAUGAAGCAAUUUCAAGAGAAAAUGAAGACACAUUUGAAGGAAAUUUACCAGAAUUUAUAUUUAAUACUACUCAAGAGACAAAUCAAAAUGCUCAGUUUGAUUCUGUACCAUGCAAACGCUCUUCUGAUGAUGAUCUUAAUCAAGUAUGUCAUUAUUUAGAUACAUAA